AGAUGAGCCUGGCUGAUGUGAGCAUGAGGCAAAGAUCCUGAAUAGUUGAUGAGACAAUAGUUCGUUUGACAGAGAGGAAGGAACAGAAUAUCUUUCUCCGCUCUGAACAGUGCCAGAGAACUGUGAUGGAAAAUUACUCUGCGAAUAUGCAUGUGUGUGCGUAAGAGAGAAGGAGAGAGGGGACGAGGGAGCGAGGAUAAGAAGAAACGUGGAUGAAAUGGUCAGCAUAAAAGAAAGUCCAGAAAUAAAGUUGUCAGAGAAGCACGGUGAGAGAUGUUAAAGGCGCUUUGGUAAUUGCGGUGCUUAGUCAGGGCCUGGGUAUGGAGAGCCUCGCACCUGAGAAUCACAGACACUACGGAUGGAGCGGCUGGAGAAACUUGCUGUUGCCGCAAUUGAAUAGGCGCUCACUCUAUAUCUACGGCAGCGAGGUGGCUGUGGAGAGGGAGUGCAUCCGACAGAAAAAGGAGGCUAUUUUUGUCAUCCAUCCCUUCAGCCUUUUUAGAAGUUACUACAUCAUGUGUAUGGUGGCCAUAACAUUUCUGAAUCUAAUUGGCAUCCCAAUGGAGAUCGCCUUUCUAGAUGGGAACAGUGGAGUAGGAUGGGAAGGCUUUAAUGUCUUCUCGGACACCCUGUUUCUGAUUGACGUAGGCCUUAACUUUCGCAUGGGUAUCAUCGAUGAGGACAGCGAGGGAGCCGUUCUUGAUUUAAAAAGAAUUCGACAACAUUAUUUAAAGAGCUGGUUCGUACCGGACAUGGUGGCAGCAUUCCCAGUUGGAUACAUACUAUUAAUUGCGGACCUGCAGUACCAUGGUGACUCUCCAUCAUCCAGAGCAAACAAAAUGAUGCGUAUCUUGAUGUUCGUGAGAAUCCUCAGUCUCGUUCGCCUGUUGCGUGUGUCCCGGCUUGUUAGGUUUUUCAAUGAGGUAGAAAGAGUUUCAAAUGCUAACCUGGAGGUGAUGAGGAUAUUCAUGAGAAUCUUGUCUUUAUUUAUGAUGAUUUUCCUGCUGUGCCACUGGAAUGGCUGUAUUCAGUAUUUCGUACCCAUGCUUGAAGAGUUUCCAUCAGACUGCUGGGUUAGAAGAGAGAAUCUAAUGAAUGCUUCAGUGGGGGAGAAGUAUUCUUUUGGAGUCUUUCGAGCCCUCUCUCAUAUGACUGCGAUAUCAUAUGGUUCCUCUGACACACCAACAAAUGACGUUGAGCUGUGGAUCGUCAUGACAAGCAUUGUAUCCGGUGCCCUUAUGUAUACUGUUAUGGUCGCCAACACUGCUGCUUUGAUGUCUGAUGUGGACAUAACAUCAAGGGCUUAUAAAAACAAGAUGAAUCAUCUGGAAGAUUACAUGACUUUCAUGAAACUUCCCAAAGGUCUGCGUAUGCGCAUCACCAACUACUUCCAGGCCCGUUAUGCAGGAAAAUGGUACGAUGAGAAAGACGUACUGAAGUGGGUGUCCUCAUCUCUCAGAGAGGAAAUCCUGAUGACCAUAUGCUUGCCCUACGUGAGGAAAGUUCCUAUCUUCCAGAACCGUGAUAUAAACUUCAUUAAUAACAUUCUAAUGGAGCUUCAGUAUGAGGUCUAUCAGGAGGGCGAGAUCAUCAUCCUUAAGAAUACUCCCGGUGACCGCAUGUUCUUUAUUGAACAUGGGCAGGUCCUUGAGAAGAAUGAGUUUUUCGAGAGGGAACUGUGUGAUGGAGACUAUUUUGGAGAGUCGUGUCUCAUAACAAAAGAAAGGCAUUUGGCUACAGUACAAGCUCAGACUGCCAGUCAGCUCUUUUCCCUGUCAGUGGACCGCUUUCGUCGUGUUCUGCAGGAAUAUCCUGAGAUUAAGAGGGACCUGGAAUCACCUCAACAGGAUAAAGACCUUCUGUUAUUUUAAUGAAGUAUAGCUCAAAUAUCAUCAGUGACACACAUAUGGAGCUGAACGAUUAACUUUUAUUGGUUGAACUAUUCAUGUAUUAUUGCAUAUACAGUGUGUUAAAGGAUGAUGACUAAAAAUCUUAAAUUCUGUAAUGUAGGAUAGAUCAUUUAUUUAUUGCAAUACAACAUAUCAACCAAUUUUGAUAGCAACAAUGAACAUACCAUAACAGUAUAUAAUAGCCUUAAGAAUUUCACAAUGCAUGAUGUGCCAGAAAUAUCCUACCCAAACACACAAACUGUCCCAGUGGCUAAUCUGUGUCUGUACUCAUAGAGGUAGUACGAUGUGGUAGGAAAAUUACAGCUCAUCUCCAUUUUACCUGGUACCACAUAGAUUGCCACACCUGCACCAAGUCCCUCCUGCAGCUUCCUCAGCAUGCGAUUGGCCAAAUAAAGCCUAGCUUUUCUCGGGUCUUCUUCAAUAGUGGCAUAGAUCUCAGGAGGAGGGUUCGGGAUCUUCCAUUCCAGGUCUACGAUCAGCUGGUGAAUGCGAGCUUUGUCCAGUGAGGAAGGUAUGUCUCGGUAGCAGGCCACCACAUUGGAAUGCAGCACCUCUGAGCUUACAGAAAAGAAGUUUUCAGACUGUAUGCAGGUCUCUGGUUUCAACUCCUCACCUGCUUCUUUGGCCUCUGAUUCUACUUCUGUCCAAUCGCCCACAGAAGGAUGCACCAUGACGGCCCAACGCAGCCAGUCAUAGUUUUGCUCUAACGUUUUUAGGAUUUGUGAUGCUUGUUCCCCUGGUGGGUUUCCGUUUCUCUGCACCUCCAGGAUCUGCCUUUUUAUAUCUUCCUCAGCCUGUUCUUUGAAAUAUGCGGAGCAGCGUCCUCUGAUGGCCUUCAUUUUUCUGUAGAGGACGUUCAUCUUAUCUGACCAGGUUUUCAUCAGGAGCGGCUGAUCCCUGCCUAUCAGAUAGGCCUCUACAAAAAGGCAAACCAGACCUGUGCUUAAAACAAAGUUAACCUGAGGGACAUAAAACACACAUCGCUUAGAUUAACAUCGCUUGAUAUUACUUCACUUUUUAAUCAAUUUUUUUUUGCAAUUUCAGUGAAACUGUUUCAUAAACACACCAUAAGUGAAGAAAAGCAUUACUUUGAGUAAUUUUCGGCUGUAGUAAAAUAAUGUACAUAAAACUAGAAAAUUUAAUGGGUUCGGAAAUGUUUUACAAUGUAAUAAAUAAACAGGAAUCUUUAUCUCUCUACUUUGACCUUUAUCAGAAGAAUAUAAUAUAUUAAUAUAAAGACUUUUAUUUUGUCAGUAUAUUCCUUUGAACACACUUAACAAUGUAUUAAAGCACUAAUUUAUAUUACUUAAUGUUUGUAUAUUUGUAAUUUUUAUGUUUCUCUCUACUCGAUUUUUAAUCUUUCAAUGUCCACACAGUGGAAUGCAAAGAAUUUCAUUGUAUAGGAAACUGUGUAUUAGACAAUAAACGCUUUGAACUUG